CAAUGUUUGGGUAGCAUUGGAGCCGUGGUUCUCUGCGCAUUCUAGUGCAACUGUACUGCGCAUCAGGAGCGCUCAGUAAUUAUUUUUCUUCGAUUGGGAUAUGUAUUGUUCUAGUAUACAUUUCCGUAUUUUAUCGACCAGUUUGUGCACAGUUAACAAUAACGUACAAUAACGCACAUUUUGCAAUUACAGAGUUUUUCUAGUCAGUGUGGGCUGCACAAAUAUUCCCAUUUAGGAGCCAGAGAGGGACACUGAUUACUUCCUUGUUGCUUGCUUUUUAACAGACGUCUACACUGACCAAUCAGAUAUCACAGUGCGUACUUAGGGCGUGUAGAGAUACUGAACGCGGGAAUCAAAAAGUUGCGGAAAGUUGCCUGACUGUUGUCAUUCUGUGGAAAUGUAAAAAUAUGUGUUUGUACUGCCAUGGUUAGCUUCGUGAGCAUCUCAGUGUCUAUUACCAGAGGAGCGACAAAUUAGUUGUCAUGGCUGCCAUUUUGGAGGCAGUAUUUAGAAGCCAUGGUUGUUCUACUACAACCUCUUCAGGAGACGCGAGCGUGUUGUGUCACAGCUCUACCGAAUGUAGUUCGGUGGUCGUCGUUGGAGAGCGAGGCGUCAGCAGUGCGUUGUUAUUCCUGACAGCAGUGACAGCUGCCACAGAACUUGGCCAUAGAGUUAUGUUUUACACCCAUACUGCCAUUCAAAAGUUUCCAAUCCCAGUUAAGGAGUCCGUGACUAGCUUGAAACCAGACAGUCUGAAGAAAAUCCAGUUUGUGUACCCCAGAUCCUUAGAGGAUCUGCUACUGAACGUGGCCUCCUUACAUGAGCAGGCCUCAGGGGCAGCUGCUGCCCCGUCUCUGGUGCUGGUGGACGGGCUGGACGCUUACCUGCGUGGGAUGGGCGAAGGUGCCAGAGGACCUCAGAGAGAGGAGAUGAGUGCCACAGCGCACCUGGCAGCUCUGCUGACCGACACGUCCUCCUUUUUCAACCCCAUGCAUGAGAAAGCGGAGGCGAGUAGAGGUACGGAUAGGGGUGCUGCGCUUCCGUGCCGUGUCAUCGUGUCCUUCCACUCUGACUGGGAAGCAGCGACUACUGAUCCUGUGUUGUCGGUGCUAGAUCGUUACAUACCAACACGCUGCACCUUGGUUCAGGACUUGCGUUCCAUGGCCGGUGGGGAUGAGUUACUGCAUGAUUGGCAGGUGCAUCUCUCUGGGGCAGGGGUUAGUCCUGGGGCUGCCAACAGACUGCAGUGGCAUUUAGCUGUUCAUGCCAAUGGUGCUAUGAAGUUUUCUCUAACCAACAAACUGAGAGAGCUUAGAGACUCAGACCAGCAAAGGGAAGGGGUUCAAAAUCAGUUGCAUUCUACAUAGUAUUAAACUCCCCCUCUUUCCUGUUAAAUGGAAGACUGAAGAGGUAGUGAAAUAUAUAUAUAUAUAUACACUGUAUAUUAGAGAGAGAGAG